UGUUAAGAAGUCUUUUCACAAGUGAAUAGUCUGUCAAGAGUCUGAAGUCAUUCUCAAGUGACAUCGAGUAGACCUGCCAUCAUAUUACAAAAUAUCAAGAGAGACUUUAACAGCUCUGAUUACAAUAAUGUGGAAAACUCAUAAUGUUUCAAAGAUUAAUUUAUGAUUUUCAUUAACAAUGGAACACAUUUUACAACAUUGUGACAUAAACAACGGGAAAGUGUUCUAACUGUCCAGUAUGUUAUUUGGCGACGCUUCUUCCUGGUCGAAAAUCGGACUUCUUGUGGUCACACUGGCUUUAGCCUUAUACAUAGCCGGCUACGCAACCGUAUCAUGGAUGGUGGAGAGAACCAUUCGAGAAAAAGUGGACAUAACUGUCGGACUAUGGAAAAUGACAAACUGUUCGAGUACCUGUACUGAGAGCGAUGUUCCCGCUGUGUAUGCUACAGGUAACCACAAUACUGUAAAGAUAAUAGCAUCCAUCACCAUCGGGAUCCUGGCUAUUGUUUUCCUCUUGUAUCUUAUGUAUGUGGCCACGGUGAAUGUCCGAAAGAGGGGUGUCGCCUUGACAAUAAUAGUAUUGUGUUUUACCGGAGCUCUGCUGUCAUUAAUUAUGAUGAUCAUAUGGUUCGUCCAGUUGCCUAGCAAUUUCUUCGUCUCAUGGUCCUUUGGAUUGACCAUCUUCGCAGGACUGCUCCUUCUUACUGUAGCAGGAUUUUUACUGAUGCAAGAUAUGAAAAACUUCAAAUCCAAAGACAUAGAACCAGAAAAAAAGAACCGAGUCACUCCCCCGCCAGUACCUGUCCGAAUAAUGGACACUCCGUCUGUACCACCCUUCACACCGGAUUGGGACCGACGAACAGUGACACCUACCCCUCCCCCUCGACGCUCUCGUUCGCCAGUUCGGUCGGUAGUGUCUCCCUCGGCAGUUCGUGUGACGUCACACUCCGUUAUGUCCGUCAACACGUCCGUGUCUUCUACGAGACGGUACGGCACGCCCAAAUAUGCCUCUCGCUAUGACCACAGGGCAAGAUGAGCACCCUUUAUUCCAAAUAACGCUAGUAUGAAAAUGUGUUUGAAGUCUGCUUGAAUAAGUAGAAUUUGCGUUGAAUUUAGGCAUCAAUCUCGUUCAACCGGAUGUACUUGUCAAUCCGAAUACAAAUGUGAGUUGUUAAUGGGUUCCUUCUGUACCUCCUUUGAGCUGACUCCGAACCUUUAUAGGGACAAAACGUUUGAAAGCAAGCCAGUGAAAGGACUGCAUCCGUAUACUCAUCAACAAGAAAGCGUUUAGUUUUUAGGUUUCAAAGCAAUUGGCUAAUUACAGAUCACAGUGUUUGAUAAAUAUAUAGUAGAUUUCCUUUUAUCAUCAUAUGCCAAGGUGUGGCGCUUUUACUAAAAAGGACAAAAACCUGACAUUAAAAGUACUUUUGUUGACCAGUCAUAGGUGUAAUUACCUCUUACUGUCAUAAGCUUUUCUCGUCACGUCUAACGAAUUGUAUAAAUAAAGUUUGUGUGUGUGGCAGUGAUAAAGCGAGGUUAUGAUGAAUAUUGAAAACCUGACGCCUAUCGACUAGCCAAGUAAAAGGACUAUACGGCUUAGCGUGUGGUAUGGCACUAGACACCGCAAAAUCAUGUGAAACCUGAUAUUCAAAUGUCAUAUAUGUUAUAAAUCAUCAAACGACUUCAGAGAAAAGCAUAUGUAACAAAAUGAAAUAUUGAAAGCAAUCGUUGAGGCAUUCAAUGGCAAUACCUUUCCAUCAUUUAUUUUGAUUUUGAAAUUUGUUUAGGUAAUGAUGUAAAACGUUACAUUAUCAACUUUCAUACAAAAAUAAAUGUACUAGCUUGUAA